GCGUUGUCAGUACGAGUUCAUAGCUCUGCCGAGUGAAAUGCGGUUUUCAUCCAUGCAGUCAUGAGGCUCAUCUUGGCGUCUUUGUGUUUCUCUGUGAUUGUUGUUGCCGUAACUCCAGUUCAAAACGGUAAAAAUGGAGGUAAAGCAGGUGUUGGAGAAAGAAUUGGACAAGUAGUAGAUUGGUCAAAAAACCAGGGUCAAAAAAUCAUGGACGCCAAUAUCAUGGACCGAGGAUCAAAGCACCCUCCUGUUUCGUGCAUCCAGCACUGUGCUAGUCUUUUCGGUUUCGUCUUCGAAUCGUUUUCAGCGGACAAGGUUCUGAGAUUUUCCGAGGGUACGGUCAUUCCUGUUACCAAAGGGAUAGAAGUCGAGGGGACCCAAGCAAACAAGGAUUAUCAUUCAAGUUUGGUCAACGGGCACAAACGCAUACCUCCAUAUUGUAAAUGCGAAGCAACGGAGGGAUUCUCCCGUUUUCUGGAAGACCACGAAUUGGAUAUCGAAAUCUUUAAUCAUUUUAAAAAAUUUAACAAUAUACAGGAUGCUGUGAAUUAUAUAUACGACGGCACCGUCAAGGUGAACGAAAAGCACGGGGCAAAGUCUUUCACAUACGUUGGUCAUCAAGGCUUGAUGACGUUGAUACUUGCUGAGAUGCAAAAAGCGAAGGUAUACGAUCCUGAUCGAUGGAUGUACCCUGAGAGAUCCGCAAUAAAUAUAGCGUAAUACUUGAUCGGUCUCUAUUCGAACGGUUUUGAAUAUCAAAUUAUUCACCCAAGUCUCUCACGAAAUACCUGUAUGAAAGAAUUUACUGCUAGAGCUACAGGUUCAAAUGAAGUCAAGUUAACAAUUUAAACACUCAAAAUUCUGCUAAAUGUGUCAAAUUCAUCACAUUCAAAGUAUAGGGAGUGACUUCGUUUGUCCUCGAUUCUUAGUCCUCUAAAUGUAUGUUGCUCAUUAGGAUUUCGCUUAUUCAUCUAAUAUAUGUUCUUCUUUGCCUGAGAGUCCUGAUAAGAGUGAAUCAUGUGAAUAAAAUCAUAUAGUGGAAUUUCGGGAUUUUAAUUUGCUGUUUUGGAUAUUUUUCAAUCCUCUUGGUCAGUCAUUAUCUAUAUCGUGAAGCGCCUACUGUCUCAUAACUAAAGAGGCGUAGCCAUGUCUCCCUCCAUUAGUUUAGCUUUUACUCUCGGUUUUUGAGUAUGUUUUACCACGACGUAUAUUCAUGGUAUCACAAUCUCUUUUGAAAAUGUUUUUUCAUCAAUGCUUGUUUUCGUUCUGAUAUUUUUUGUGAAUAUUCUU